AUGAAAGGAAGGCAAAAGAUCUUUUUAGGGGUUGGUUGGGUAACACAUCGGGGUUCCUUUCAUGUGGGUUAUUAUUUCAUGGUUUGAUACUUUGAUACAUUGUUACUUUCUUUCCGGGCUAAACAUUUUGGAUUGAUCAUAACCCGCUACUUUUUUUAUUUUCUGAAUGCGUUGCAAAUAUGACGAUGUCAUCGACUCCACAUUUUGCUCAAGUUAUGGCGGAGCUGAAGUUUUCUAGCUUGUGUUGAGCGCUGAGAGCACCAGUGUUUGCUGAUGGAGCACCUCCAGGGAGCAUGGAAGACCCUGAGCAACGGUUUUGGGAUGAAGGACUCUGUGUUCGAGGGCCCUUGCCUUUCCCCGACCAUGGUGCAGGGCUUCCCCUCCGAGCGCCGCUCCUCCGACGACAGUAAGAUCCCCGACUCCAAGACCAGCAGCACCAUCCGCGUCUACCUCCCCAACCAGCAGCGCACAGUGGUGAAUGUGAGGCCAGGUAUGACCCUGCACAGCUGCCUGAUCAAAGCGCUGAAGGUGCGGGGCCUGCAACCGGAGUGCUGUGCUGUCUUCAGACUGCACCCAGGACAGAGGAGUAAAAAGUCACGUAUGGAUUGGAAUACCGACUCUACCUCACUAAUUGGGGAAGAACUGCUGGUGAAAGUCUUAGAUCAUGUCCCCUUGACAACGCACAACUUUGUUCGGAAAACAUUUCUGAAGUUGGCCUUCUGCGAUAUAUGCCAGAAGUUCCUUUUGAAUGGUUUCCGUUGCCAAACAUGCGGCUACAAAUUCCAUGAGCAUUGCAGCACCAAAGUGCCCACGAUGUGUGUGGAUUGGAGCAACAUCAGACAGCUCCUGUUGUUCCCGACACCAGGUGAAAGUGGGGGUCCAUCUCUUCCCCCUCUUACUUCUCGGCGAAUGAGAGAAUCGCUGUCCCGACUCCCCAGCAGCUCUCUUCAUCGCUGCUCCACCCCUCACGCCUUCAACUACACGGCCCCCUACCCACCCACGGGGGGCGCUCUGUCCCAGAGGCAGCGCUCCACCUCCACGCCCAACGUCCACAUGGUCAGCACCACCAUGCCCGUCGACAGCAGCAUGAUGGAGGAAGCAAUGCGUAAUCAUGAAGCAAUGCGUAAUCAUGACUCAGGCGGGAGUUCCCCCAGCCAGAGUCCCACAGGCUGGUCCCAGUCUAACACCCCAGCUCCAGACAGACGAGAGAGGGCUCCUUCAUUCAACACUCAGGAGAAACACAAAAUACGUCCGAGGGACAAGCGGGACUCCAGUUAUUACUGGGAGAUUGAGGCCAGUGAAGUGGUUCUUCACUCCUGUAUCGGCUCAGGCUCCUUCGGAACGGUAUACAAAGGGAAAUGGCACGGUGAUGUAGCGGUGAAGAUCCUAAAGGUGAUUGACCCCACGCCAGAGCAGUUCCAGGCCUUCAGAAACGAGGUGGCUGUACUUAGGAAAACACGGCACGUCAACAUCCUGUUGUUCAUGGGCUACAUGACGAAGGACAACCUGGCCAUCGUGACCCAGUGGUGUGAGGGCAGCAGCCUCUACAAACACCUUCACGUCCAGGAGACCAACUUCCAGAUGUUCCAGCUUAUAGACAUUGCCAGGCAGACAGCUCAGGGCAUGGACUAUUUGCACGCCAAAAACAUCAUCCACCGGGACAUGAAGUCAAACAAUAUCUUCCUACAUGAGGGCCUGACAGUGAAGAUAGGAGACUUUGGUCUGGCCACGGUCAAGGCCAGGUGGAGUGGUUCUCACCAGGUGGAGCAACCCUCAGGGUCCAUACUGUGGAUGGCUCCUGAGGUUAUCCGUAUGCAGGACAACAUGCCCUAUAGUUUCCAGUCUGACGUGUACUCCUACGGUGUUGUCCUCCAUGAGCUGAUGACGGGAGAGCUGCCAUACUCACAAAUAGCCAACAGAGACCAGAUCAUCUUCAUGGUGGGCCGGGGGUACCUGUCUCCAGAUCUCAGUAAGCUUUAUAAGAGCUGUCCUAAGGCCAUGAAGAGGCUGGUGGCCGACUGCAUCAAGAAAAUCAAGGACGAGAGGCCACUGUUCCCCCAGAUCCUGUCGUCAAUUGAGCUGCUCCAGCACUCCCUGCCUAAGAUCAACCGCAGUGCCUCAGAACCCUCCAUGCACAGAGCCUCCCACACGGAGGAUAUUAACGCCUUCACUUCCACCUAUAGCAGACUGCCUGUGUUCUGAACUACAAUACCCAACCUGUCCCUCCUACCUGCUCCUGUUCCAAAACAUACACGUGUUUGCAUGAGCAUACACACACUCACACACACACACACACACACACACACACUCACACACACACACACUCACACACACACACACACACACCAAAUAUCUACAGUGCCUUAUGAAAGUAUUCACCCCCCUUGGCAUUUUUCCUAUUUUGUUGCCUUACAUCCAGGAAUUAAAUAGAUUUGUGGGGGGUUUGUAUCAUUUGAUUUACAGAACAUGUCUACCACUUUGAAGAUGCAAAAUAUUUUUGUUGUGAAACAAACAAAAAAUAAGACAAAAAGGGAAGACUUGAGCGUGCAUAACUAUUUACCCCCCCCCCCCCCCCACCCACCCACCCCCAAAGUCAAUACGUUGUAGAGACACCUUUUCAGUAAUUACAGCUGCAAGUCUCUUGGGGUAUAUCUCUAUAGCCACUGGGAUUUUUGCCUAUUCUUCAAGGUAAAACUGCUCUUGCUUGGAUUGUUUCCGCUGGUGUACGGCAAUCUUUAUGUCAUACCACAGAUUCUCAAUUGAAUUGAGGUCUGGGCUUUGACCAUUCCAAGACAUUAAAAUGUUUACCUUAUACCACUCAGGUGUUGCUUUAGCAGUAUGCUUAGGGUCAUUGUCCUGCUGGAAGGUGAACCUCUGUCCCAGUCUCAAGUUUCUGGAAGACUGAAACAGGUUUCCCUCAAGAAUUUUCCUGUAUUUGGAGCCAUCCACCAUUCCUUCAAUUCUGACCCAGUCCCUGCCGAUGAAAAACAUCCCCACAGCAUGAUGCUGCCAUCACCAUGCUUCACUGUGAUGAGAGGUGUUAGGUUUGCGCCAGACAUAGCGUUUUCCUUGAUGGCCAAAAAGCUACAUUUUAGUCUCAUGUGACCAGAUUACCUUCUUCCAUAUGUUUGGAGAGUCUCCCACAUGCAUUUUGGCGACCACCAAACGUUUUUGCUUAUCUUUAAGCAAUGGCUUUUUUUCUGGCCACUCUUCUGUAAAGCCCACCUCUGUGGAGUGUUUGGCUUAAAGUGGUCCUAUGGACAGAUACUCCAAUCUCCUCUGUGGAGCUUUGCAGCUCAUUCAGGGUUAUCUUUGGUCUCUUUGUUGCCUCUCUGAUUAAUGCCCUCCUUGCCUGGUCCUUGAGUUUUGGUGGGCAGCCCUCUCUUGGAAGGUUUGUUGUGGUGCUAUAUUCUUUCAAUUUUUUAAUAAUGGAUUAAAUGGUGCUCUGUGGGAUGUUCAAAGUUUCAGAUAUUUUUUUUAUAACCCAACCCUAAUCUGUACUUCUCCACAACUUUGUCCCUGACCUGUUUGGAAAGCUCCUUGGUCUUCAUGGUGCCGCUUGCUUAGUGGUGUUGCUUGCAGAUUCUGGGGUCUUUCAGAACAGGUGUAUGUAUACUGAGAUCAUGUGACAGAUCAUGUGACACUUAGAUUACACACAGGUGGGCUUUAUUUAAGUAAUUAUGUGACUUCUGAAGGUAAUUGGUUGCACCAGUUUAUUUUAAUUUUUAAAGUUUUUUAACAAGUCAUUUUUUUCAUUUCAGUUAACCAAAUGUGGACUAUUUUGUUUAUUUCCAUUAUAUUAAAUCCCCCAAAAAUCUAUUGAAAUUACAGGUUAUAAUGCAACAAAAUAGGAAAAAUGCCAAGGGGAUGAAUACUUUUGCAAGGCAUUGUAUGGCGUAGAAAAAGACGAGUGACUGCGGUUUAAAGGAAUCCUCUGAUAGUGACGGUGGAUGGGAUCAAUAUGGGAUUUCAGUCACUGACUGAGUUUUUUCCAGUGACUGUUUUGAUAUGGAGAGAAGAGAAAAAUAUUGACUUCCCAUUGGGUUGGAGAAGAUGAUUGAUGGUGAAUGAAAUUCAUGCAAAUUAUAGGGUUAAUCAGAGGCCUACUGUAAUUUGCUCCAUUGCUAAAAUGGGUGCAAUGGACAGAGUGGCAAUGCAGUUAGUGGAACAUGUAAAUAUGUGAAAGAAAGCACAUCUACCUGGGGACAGAGAGGCAGAGACAGUGAAGGAAAUGCCUGAGAGAGAGUGAAAUAAGAGGCUCUCUAUCUCUGAGCUGUGAAGCACACCUUUCUGUCUGACAGGACUGACUGCCCUAGUUUCUUAUGUAGAAGAUAUUCUCUAAGCUGACCUGCCUGAAGAGGAGAUGAAGCCUAGACCAACCACCUUAUAGGAUGAUUCUUAUCAAAAACAGUGUGAUCCAUCUAUAGGUUUUGCAGGGGUAUUUGAUUGUACAUAGUCUUAAAUCAGAUAGAAAUUUGAAAUUAUUAUCAAUGUCUUCAUCUUCAUGCUUUUAUAAUUGUUUUCCUUAAUUCUGGAAACAAAUUAUAACUUGUUAGACAGUCAAGCAUGACUGAUUUUUAUUUGGACGUUUUAACAAACGCAAUUGCUAUGUUUCUACGGUCCAUGUGAUUGGUUCAUGGCUUUGCAGAGUGUUCUGAUCAGUAGUUACCCACACAUUUUAAUCAGCCCUUUCUUUGGGUAAACCAUCAUGAGCUGGAUAUUGGGCAAUUGUCUUUAAUAUUUAAAAAAAUAUUUGAAAUCUAAUUUGCAAUUAGUCUGCCAUGUCUCUUUCAAGGAGGUACAUUUCUUUUUUAUUGUAAACAUGAGAAUGUUGUUUAUUUCAUGUUAUUUUAAUAAAAUUAAGUUAAACUAA